AUGGCCACCCAGCCCAGCACCGGGCACGCCACGCUCAUCCUCAAAGACGACAAGAGAGUGUCCAUCACAGACGAUGGCGUUAUCCCCAUUACCUCGCUCGGAGAAGGCCAGCCUAUCUCUGCGAGUGCGUCGAUUGACCCUGCCGCGGAGAGACGGCUGGUGUGGAAGUUUGACCUGCGUAUCCUGCCCACGUUGGCCAUUAUGUACCUCUUCAACGCGCUGGACAAAUCGAAUCUCGGAAAUGCAAAGACGGCCGGGCUCGAAAAGACCCUCCACAUGAAGGGUGACGACUACAACCUGAUCCUGUCCAUCUUCUUCGUCCCCUACGUGCUCGCGGGACCCAUCGUCGGCCUGGCCAGUAAAAAAUUCGGCCCCAGUCGCACCCUGCCGCUGAUGAUGCUGUGUUUCGGAUUCUGCACGCUGAUGACGGUCGCGGUGAAGAACUUUGGAGGUCUCUUUGCGUGUCGGUGGUUCUUGGGCAUGGCUGAAGGAGGGUUCUUUCCCAGCAUCAUCUUCUACCAGACCUUGUUUUACCGCCGUGGUGAACUCGCUCGUCGCCUGGCCAUCUUCUACGCGGCAUCCAAUAUUGCCUCCGCCUUCGGUGGGCUGCUCUCGUUCGGCGUGUUCCACAUCCACACCUCCUCGCUCGCGAACUGGAGAUACCUCUUCGUCAUCGAGGGUGGGUGCAGCAUGCUCUUCUCGCUGUUCGCGUUCUGGGUUCUACCGUACAACGCACAGUCCGCGCGGUUCUUGACCGAGGAGGAAAAACGGCUGGCCUUCUACCGGAUCCAGGUCGACUCGUCGUCGGUGGUCAACGAGGAAUUCAACAUCCGGUCGGCGCUGUCCAUCUUCAAGCAUCCGACCAGCUGGGUGAUCCUGGCGAUCGAGAUCUGCCUCGGCGUGCCCCUGCAGUCGGUCACGCUGUUCCUGCCCGUCAUCGUCAACCAGCUCGGCUACUCGACGGUGAAGACGAAUCUGUACACGGUGGCGCCGAACAUCACGGGGGCGGUGAUGCUGCUGGUGCUCGCGUUCGCCUCGGACUUUACGCGCUGGCGGUUCCCCUUUGUCGCCAUGGGGUUUGCCUUUACGUGCAUCGGCUUCAUCAUCUUCGCCGCCGUGGACCUGGACACCCAGCUAAACACGGCGUACUUUGCCUGUUUCAUGAUGACCUGGGGCACCAGCGCGCCGAGCGUGAUCCUGGAUGUGUGGUACAACAACAACAUCGCCGACGAAAACAAGCGGGUCAUGUUGACGAGCGUGGGCGUGCCCGUGGCGAACCUGAUGGGUGUCGUGAGUUCGAACAUCUUCCAGAACAAAGACCGACCGAAGUAUCUUCCCGCGCUGAUCACGACCGCGACCUUCGGCGCCGUGGGCUGCGCCCUGACCCUGCUCCUCGGCGGCUGGAUGAUCCUGGACAACAAGCGACGGAACCUGCGUGCCGUCCGGGACGGCGGGAAAAAAGUCCGCGCCCGAGACGUGCCCACCGAGUUGUUGCGUGAUGGGCCUGCCGCGCCGGAGUAUCGGUGGGUUUACUGA